CAUUUUAUCGUUUUCUGCUGCUUUAUACAAGUAACACAUUUGUUAUUAGAGAGUGCCACACUCCUAGGUAGUUUUAUCCAUGACUUGUAAAGAGACGUAGAUACAAACAAGAAAUAAGAAACUUCACUUAUUCUAUUGAAACCUCACAGCCAGUAGAAGGGACCUGUCCUUGGUGCUGAAGUUCAGCACGCUGAAAAGCUCCGCUGGAGUUCCUUUUACAUUUCCAGAUCAUGUUGCUAACAAACUGCUCUGAUGGGAGUUCAGUUGGUGGUGAGCUUGCUGGCGGUCAGUAUAAUGCAAAAAAUGGCCCCACAUCUUUCCUUUGCACGCUGGCUCUUAUGUAAUGGCAGCCUUUUCAGGUUCAAACAUCCAUCUGAGGGUGAGCUGUGCGCUCUUGCUGGAAAGCAGAUUCCAAAGACCAGCAGACGAGACAGGAGACAAAAUGGACAUGGAGAAGCCAAGCCGUUUACAGUUCCGAAAGACAUCGAUCUGCACCUGGAGAGCACGCCAGUUAAUGUCUUAGAUGCUCUUGUUCUGCGGUUCUUUGUGGAGUACCAGUGGCUGAUUGACUUUGCUGUAUAUGCGAUGGGGAUCUACCUCUUCACUGAAGGCUACUACAGUGUGGUGGAUGCCAGCAAAGAGGUCAACAUCGCUGCCAUCUGGUGUGUGCUGACCGUUUUCUUCUGCCUGAGAACACUGUAUGUUCUCAUGAGCCAUUACUUCCGCUCCGAGGACGGCGGUGAGCGCUCUGUGUGUCUGGCUUUCGGCUUCUUAUCUCUGCUUGUGGCCAUGCUGGUUCUUGUAGUGAGAGAAGACUACCUGGAGUUUGGACUUGAGCCAGGUUUUACCAGUCUCUUUGAUAGUUUCGAAGUCUUUGCCAAACAGCAAGGCUAUGAGUGGUCAAUUCCCUUCACCAAGCUGUCAGUGAAGUUGGGUCUGGCUGUCAUUUGUGCCUUCAUUGGAGCUCUCCUUGCUUUUCCUGGACUCCGAUUGGCGCAAACUCACCUAGACGCAGUUGAGAUUAAUUCAGACCGUCCGAUCAUUCAGAUCCUUCUGCACAUGAGUUUUCUCUCUCCAUUGGUUAUUCUGGUAUUGUGGAUUAAACCCAUUGCUCGAGAUUUCCUAGGGAACGCCCCCAUGGGAAAGACCUCAGUUACCUUGCUCUCUAGUUCAGACUUUAACUCAGUGCGUCUGUGGACGAUCGUGGUCCUGUGUGUUCUGAGGCUGCUGCUCACAAGAUACCACCUGCAGGCCUACCUCAACCUGGCUCAGAAGUGGGUGGAGCAAAUGAAGAAAGAGGCGGGGCGUAUCGCUGCCAUUGACAUCCAGAGAAAGGUGACGCGAGUUUUCUGCUACCUGACUGUGGUCACCAUGCAAUAUCUUCUACCCAUUCUGCUUGUCCUGUUUUCAACCUUGGCACUCAAAUCUUUAGGUGACUUCUCAUGGGGACUUGGAGCGGAGACUCCGGGUGUGACCCCUGCUUCCAUAGUUCCCACCACCCCUCCGCCAGCCCCUAGACUUGAAGACGACGAAGACAUGGAAGACAUGGAGGAGGACAUCCAGGCCACCGUGGCCCACCUGACCGAACUGUUCACUGCCUUACGCGGAGUCCUCACGCCCCUUUUCUUCAGGGGCAUCUUUGCUUUUCUCACUUGGUGGGUCACAGCCUGUCAACUCAUUAGCAGCUUGUUCGGUAUCUACUUUCACCAAUAUCUGAUGCACAACUGAAAAGUGCCCUGAAUUGAAGCUCUAUGCACCAAAUCCAAUUCUUCAAGCCUAGAGAUGAUGCAGCAUCAUGGACAGUCAUGCAAACUCAUUUAAAGCAUUAACAAAGAGAAGGCUGGCACUUCAGAAGAUUGACGUUUGAACAUCUAAACAUGCUGUAGUUCAUUAUCUUUAUGUUUAGGGUCAAUUGCGGGCACACCUUUGAAAGCGAAUGUUUUGGUACAAUCAACAAAGCAAAGAUGUUAGUUAAAAGGAGAGUUCACUAAUUUUUUUUAAAUUCUGUCAUCAUUUACUCAUCAACAGUCUGUCAGAUGUGUUUGUACCACACAAUAUCUUCAGAACUUGCAUGCUUUACCUUCAUCCCCUGGCAUGACAAUCUUUGCACUUUGAUGCAAUUCAAAGAGCCUGGUAACUCAGGGAUGUUAUCUGAAAUAGCGUUUCUUCCACCAGCACAAUAUCAUCAAGUGCAAAUUAACAAUUUGAACAUCGCAGAACAAUUUCUUUAGCUCUGUAGUGCUAACAGACUGGGUUUUUCAGAAAGGAAAUUGCCUUUUUUUUUUUUUUUACAGAACUGUAUUUUAAAUACUGUGUAAUAAAUCGGUAUUACAAAUGUAAUGUACUGCUAAUUGCAGUUCUAAUCAAUUGCCCAUAUGUUUCAUGAAUAAUCAUAUGUGAGUUUUAAUUAUUUUGCCUGUCAUUGUUCACUCCAUUAGCUGCCAAACUACUGUGUAAGAGGAAGUGUCAUGAGGGAUUAAUAUUAAUUUAAAGAUUUUACAUUGGGACAUUGUUUUAUUUAUUCAUUUUCUAGUGUCACUCAGUGAUUCAUUUGAUUCACAACAAUAAACUGACAAAAAAAAAAAAAAAA